AUGGCCUUUCUUCUUCUUGCUCCUUUUCUCUUUCACCUUCUUCUCGCCACCGUACCAUCUCUCACCGACGCCGGCAACGGACAAUGGCAGCUUCUGCAGAACAGCAUCGGCAUUGUGGCCAUGCACAUGCAGUUACUCCACCACGACCGUGUCGUAAUAUUCGACCGCACCGACUUUGGCCUCUCUAACUUAUCCUUGCCCAAUGGCAGAUGCCGCCAAAACCCCAAAGAGCUGAUCGUCCAAAGAGACUGCACAGCCCACGCCCUCGAGUACGACGUCGCUUCCAACUCUUUCCGCCCUCUCUUUGUCCAGACUAACGUCUGGUGUUCGUCCGGCUCCGUCGCUCCCGACGGCCGUCUCGUCCAGACCGGUGGCUUCAAUGACGGAGAUCGUACUGUCAGGAUGAUUAGUCCUUGCCCCGACUGUGACUGGGAAGAAGUAGACGGUGGUCUGGCGCAGCGGAGGUGGUACUCCACCAAUCACAUUCUUCCGGACGGACGUCAGAUUAUAGUUGGCGGCAGAAGAACGUUCAACUACGAGUUUUAUCCUAAAACAGACGCCAAAAAUAGUUACAGUCUACCAUUUCUUGUACAGACCGAUGAUGUAGGCACAGAGAACAACUUGUACCCCUUUGUCUUUCUGAACGUGGACGGCAACAUGUUCAUCUUCGCCAACAAUCGAGCCAUAUUACUGGACUACGACAAGAACAAGGUGGUCAGGACGUACCCACAAAUACCCGGUGGAGAUCCCAGAUCAUAUCCCAGUACAGGCUCGGCAGUGUUAUUACCUUUGAAGAAUUUACAGGCCAAGACCGUCGAAGCAGAGGUUCUGAUUUGUGGUGGAGCCCCGAGAGGGUCGUAUGAGCAGGCCAACCAAGGCAAGUUUCUCCCGGCUUUGAAUACCUGUGCUCGGAUCAAGAUCACUGACCCGAACCCACAGUGGGUCAUGGAGACGAUGCCCGGAUCUAGAGUUAUGAAUGACAUGGUAAUGCUUCCUAACGGUAAUGUUUUGAUCAUCAAUGGUGCAGCUUCUGGGACGGCUGGAUGGGAAGCGGGUCGCAACCCGGUGUUGAACCCGUUCCUAUAUGAAACGAACAGCCCAGUGGGAUCUCGGUUCGAAUUGCAAAACCCGACAAAUAUUCCACGGAUGUACCACUCCACGGCUGUUCUGCUUCGUGACGGUCGCGUGCUCGUCGCCGGAAGCAAUGCUCACGUAUACUACAAUUUCACCAAUGUCUUGUUUCCAACGGAGUUCAGAUUGGAGGCGUUUUCCCCGUCGUAUUUGGAGUCUGGAUUCUCUAAUGUGCGUCCAAAAAUCGUGUCUCCUCCUUCUCAAGCUAAACUCAAGUACGCUCAGAAGCUGAAGCUGAGGUUCCAGGUGACAGCAACAUUUGAUCAAAAUAUGGUGUCGGUGACGAUGCUGUUGCCGCCAUUCAGUACACACUCGUUCUCGAUGAAUCAGAGGAUGUUGGUGCUGGAGGCAAUCAAAGUGACGAAUCUGGGAAGAUCUGCGUAUGAAGUUGAGGUCAUCACGCCACCUUCGGCUAUUCUUGCACCUCCUGGUUACUAUAUGCUAUUCGUGGUCCAUCAAGAAAUCCCAAGCAACGGCAUCUGGGUGCAACUAAUAUGAUUUCAUCUGCCACCUGUACGUCAAGAACAAUACUUAUGCAUUUCGUUUCAUUCGUGUGCUGAUUCUCUUCAUUAGUUAUUUGCAUAUACAGAAUAAUAUAUCAUUGCUUUUUUCUCUUCCCGGCCUUCAUGUGAAAAAUAAAGUGAGUGGACAUGUAGAUUAUUAGCAGCUGAGGUUUAUUCUUCCAUGUAUUUAUGCUUCCGUGUUAGUCUCUUCUUCAUGGCUUGUAUACAACUAUAAUG